CUCGAUCGGAGGAGACGACGACGCGACCGACCACCGGCAGACGGCAGUCUACUACAAUCAGUGUUCACUUGCUGUCGUGCGUACGCAUUCGCUCUAGUGAAAUUUUCGUUCUACACCAAUUUUCUUCCGAAGUUAAUCGACCCUUUCGCGUUUCCCAUCUUCCCGUAUUUUUUUAAUCGAUAACAUAACUCGUCAUUACAUUCGCUUUACCAUUUUCAUCCAAACCUUAGAGGUAUAGUGCAGCAUUUCAUUUCACGUUCGGUUUCAUUCUGUGUGCACAACGCGCGCAUUCGCCUAACGCGGAAUUAAACAAUUUAUUAUUUUAAGAAAUAAUAAAAUAUUGACGGCAUUACCACGGCUUCGAAAACACUACUUCGCGGUCGCGCCAUGUCGAGACGUCGGCGUCGUUAAUCCGACGACGUCGGUUUGUUUUGCCGCUCUUCGCCAGCGUCGCACCGCGUAAUGGAUACCAAGACGUCUACUUAUCAUCACCAUCACCACAUACACCAACAGACGAAAAAACAAACUUCAGCCGCCGGGGUCAUCGUAAGAUCGCGUCCUGUGCAGUUCGCGCAGACGUUGGCCCGGGUGUUACGUAUCGGCCGUAAAGAGCAGAUAUCGAAAAAAGCCGCCAACAAGAUAGCAGCAGCUAAAUCGUCUGCCACCGCGUACCACCACCAACCGGUACCGCCGCCGCAGACGCCGCAACAAAUCGUCGCUAUGCCGCCACCUCCGACCAUGCAACCGGCAUCGCCUCUACCGCCGGCACCGUCGACGCAGGACACCCAGACGUCUCAGGUGGUACAGGUCAACGGCGGUCAGUCUUUGACCGCCGACAAUACGGCCAACAGCACCAUGAUGCCGGUGACGAAACGUAGUCCGAAAGACUACAUUUUUGGAAAAGUCAUCGGUGAGGGCAGUUACUCGACAGUGUAUUUGGCCAAAGACAUUCACACGAAUCGUGAACAUGCAAUUAAAGUUUGCCAAAAAAAGCAAAUCAUCAGAGAAAACAAACGUGACCAAGUAAAACGAGAAAAGGACGCUCUAAAUGUGUUGAGCAAUUCUGGAUCCAGCUUUUUUGUCAAGUUAUACUGCACUUUCCAAGAUACCGAGAGACUUUACUUUGUAAUGUCCUAUGCUAAAAAUGGUGACAUGUUACCAUACAUUAAUAAAGUUGGUUCGUUUGAUGCGGCGUGCACUCGGUUCUACUCUGGUGAAAUAUUACGCGCUCUUGAGCACUUACAUGAUCUGAAUAUCAUGCAUAGAGAUCUUAAGCCCGAGAACAUAUUACUUGAUCAUAAUUUGCACAUUAAAGUUGCGGAUUUCGGGUGUUCAAAGAUACUUGAACAGCCAGACACUGCAGACAAGUCCAUUUUGAAUGAAAAUAAUCCUAGACCGCGCAGUAACAGUUUUGUUGGCACUGCUCAGUAUGUUAGUCCUGAACUGUUAACUGAGAAAACAAUUUCACCCAGUUCAGACCUUUGGGCUCUUGGCUGUAUUAUAUACCAAAUGAUAGCUGGCUUACCACCUUUCCGAUCUAGGAGUGAAUACAUGUUGUUUAGGAAAAUUUUAAACCUUGAUUAUGUUUAUCCGGAUGGAUUUAACGCAGAUGCCAAAGAUUUGGUACAGAAAUUGUUAGUGCUUGAUCCAAACGAACGUCUUGGUUCUAAGGAUACACAACGAUAUACAUCUAUUCGUUCACAUCCAUUUUACAAGGGUCUGGAUUUUGAUACAUUACAUUUAACAAACCCUCCACCAAUAUAUCCAUACUUACCUGGAAAUAGUGAAGGACAAGAACUUCGUAGCCACUAUCGAGUUCCUGAUCAUUUAGAACCAGGUCUUGAUGAUAAACAAUUGACUAGAUUACUUGGUCUCGAUGGCCAAAGUAGUUCUACAACAACCCCAGCACCUGUACCUAGACCACGUAAAAGGUCUGGAAUUCUUCAGAUGAAUGACGAAGAAAAGCAACACCAAUUAAACCAACAGAGAUGUAACAGUAAAUGGCAUACUUUGGUAGAUGGCAAUUUAAUUGUCAAACAAGGAUUAGUUGAUAAGCGAAAAGGUCUUUUUGCUAGAAGACGUAUGUUAAUGCUAACAAUGGGUCCACACUUAUACUAUGCAGAUCCAGUAAAUAUGACUCUUAAAGGAGAAAUACCUUGGAGUCCACAAUUACGUGUAGAACCUAAAAACUUCAGAAUAUUUUUUGUGCAUACGCCAAAUCGGACUUAUUACCUAGAAGAUCCGGAAGGGUUUGCUUUAGAAUGGUGUAAAGCAAUUGAAGAAAUGCGAGUAAAUACGUAUGGUGUCUCUAAUACUACCUGCGCUUAACAAAACCGCUGUUCGGUGACUGUUUUUAGUAUAAUUUUAACUAAACUAUUUUUUCUUUUAAAUUAAAAAAAACCUUGUUGAUAACAAUAAUUAUUUCAG